AUGAGCGAAACGCAGCCCAUUCCUCGCCAAAUGGGACCACCUACACCUCAAGAGAUUGAGCGAAAACUCGGCUCGCCGUCCUUACCACCUCCUUCGUCAUCGGUCGUCAGCGUUACGGGAUCGCUCGACCGGCAAGGACUGGAGAGGAGGGAGAGCGGAUCCGGCGCACCACGACGAGCCCACGGUUCGAUGUCGUCCGGUGUCUCGAGCAACGACGAAGGAACGGACGAAGACGGCCAUCCUUCGCCUCUCCACCGUCCGACAAACCUCCCUCUCUCCGCCAUCUCCGAAGCCGAAGACGCCAUCGGCUCUGGCAGCGACGGCGAAGAAUCGGACGCCUCUUCGAUUGGCGGCAACGAGCGUAACCCUGCUUUUGCGGGAGUUGGCGGAGGCGAGGUAGCGAGUCGGACGAGCAGGGACAGCGCAGGCUUGAGUGACAAUGUCGCGCUCAAGGCGGGAUAUCUGAUGAAGCGUGGCGAGAGGAGGAAGACCUGGAAGAAGCGGUGGUUCGUGUUGCGUGGCAGACAAGUCGCCAUGUACAAGAACGACAAGGAGUACCGACUGCUCCGCCUCAUCCCUUUGACGGACAUCCAUACCGUCACUCCCGUUGAGAUGAAGAAGCACGCCCACACCUUUGGCAUCGUCACGCCUCGCCGCACCUUUUACAUCAAGGCGGACUCGGAUGCCGACGUCAACGCCUGGUGCCGAGUCAUCGAGCGCGCAAAGGCAGAAUACCUCGCCCGCGCAACUGUCACGACUCUCGAGACGCCCAACUCGACCGAGCAGCCGACGCCGACGAACGGCCCGACUCCGUCGCAGACCCCGAGGCAGAUGAGCUUCUCUGCGAUCGGCCCGCCUACGCCAGACGCAGCACAGCCCGCGUCGCAUCCGCAGGCGAUCGCCAUCCCAGGCUCGUCCGCUCCUUCCGUUGGCGGCUCCUUCGCGCCCGUCUCGUACACCACGACGUCUUCCUCCUUCGGCGGCAGCAACCUCCUCGGCACGUCGUACGCCUCGACGACCUCGUCACUCGGACCUGCCGCGCCGCCAAGUUCCGGUUCUCGCGCUCCGCCCAACUCGCUCAUCACGCCGGGUCCGAUGACUACCGCCGCACCCGGCGGCCUCGGUCUCCACUCACCGUCUGCGGGCGACUUCGAGCUGCAAGGCCUCGAUGCACGACUCGAGCAGAUGGAUCUCGCGCCGCCUCCUCCUCUCGGCGCACCUCGACCAAGCCCUCAGCGCUCAAUGAGCGGUCGGAGCGACACGCUCGCCGUCCCCUCUGCAGCGAUGCACGGCAUCGGCCGCGGCAGGUCAGGCUCAUCUGCGACAGGCGGGUCGUCGAGCCUUGCUAGCGGAGUUGCAGGAUCGGGAAUGGCGGCAAUGUCGAGUUCGGAGGAAGAGGACGGGUUCGACCCUGGAUACGACUACCCAACUUUCUCGCCGCCGACUGCGCCGCCCGUCCCCGAUUCCUCGCUCGUUCAGCAGCAGCCCCAGGUAUCCUCCCAGCCUCAGCAAGUCUCGUCGCCGCCCGCUCAGCAGCCAUCGGCGAACCCCGCCAAUCCGAAUAAGGUUAUCCUCUCGGGCUACCUGAUGAAGCAGGGCAAGCGCAAGACGUGGAGGAAGAGGUGGUUCGUCUUGACGAGCGGGAUGCUCAUGUACAGCCGCUCUCACAUGGACAACAAGUUCAAUCGACAGAUCCCGCUCACCGCCAUCCUCGACGCAAUCGAGUACGAGCCCCCUCAGCCCGCCUCGAACGCUCACAAGCGCGCAUCAGUCGUCUCUGCCUCGUCGCCCAAUCCGUCAUCACCGUCUCUGGUGUCGCCUGUCGUCGAAGGCGGCAAGACGCUCGCGCACACGUUCAAGAUCAUCACGCCGAAGCGGACCUACCUCGUCUGUGCGCCGUCCGAGGAAGACGAGAUCAAGUGGCUGGCGGCGCUGCAGUGCCUCGUCGCACGCCGCACGCAAGCUCAAGUCGGCUCCGAUGUCCCGGCGACUCCUUCCGCUCAAGCACCCGCGACUUCUCCCGUUCCUCCCGCCGCACCGAAGCGAACGCCUUCCCACCCAGGUCCCCCGCCAGUCGCUGGUCGACCUAUUCACGGACGACAACGCAGUGUGACGGAUGCGGCGAAGCAGGCUGUCAUGGAUGUCGAGAGGCGGUUCCAUCCGGCGAAGGAGGGGGCGGAGCAGGUUGUGGGUGCGUGA